AUGGCAACGAAUUUGCCAGAACGACGGGGAUCAUUCGAAAAAGCAGACGCGUCUCGAAAACACGGCGUACAAAGCAACAACGGCACUGAUACUGAUCGAACUACGAUUUUUCUUCCGCGCAAGAAGCUCCCAUGGCUCGAGGGUGACGCGCACCAGCCACCGAAAAGCCUGCGAAUGGCGCCGCCUGAUCCGCCUGCUUUACCGACAAACGAUUCUACGUCUGCAUCUGGACCGACAGCAGCCCCUAAUGCUUAUCCGAUCGGAGAUUGGGUUCUUCACAUGCCUGGAUCUUUGCCAACAACGGAACCACGUUCACAACGGACGCCUGACCUACGUACAGUUCCAUCGCAGCCUUCGUCGAGACUAAUCAGGCGGAAAAGCGUAGGACUUGGUGACGCACACACACUCGCUCCCUACGGAGAGUCGCCGGUUCUCACUUCUGGUCUUGCUCCGAAGACCGAUGCUACGGCCGCGACGAAGGCACCUUUGCAAGGACCUAUGCUGUACGGACAGCCGCCGCAGGUCAGCGAGCGCUCAACACCGUUCAAAUUGAUCAGUGACCUACUUCAGACCGAACUGGACCUUCCGUUCGACGAGGAUGUCUCUCCACGUGCGACUCCUCCGGGGGUGAAUGAUUGUCGCGCAUCAGAUUCAGUCUCCAACGUCAAGCUCACUGCCCAUGAUAACGGCAAAGAACUUUACGAUGCAAGUAGAGAAUCACCCAAGCAGCCGACGCCGGCGGCUCGCGAGAUAGCUUCUUCUUGCCGCAUGACGGAACCGUUAGGCCAAACGCGGAAUACUUCACAGUUGCCUACACUUCCUACACACCUGCUGAGCACAUCAAGUUCUUCAUCGCAAGCGACAUCGGCAGGUGAGUUUCAGCGCUCUGUAGGACACGGCGGACGGCCUAUAGCAGCCAACAAUUCUAGUUCGCUCAACCAAGCCGUCACUGUGCACGAGAAUCUCAUAGGAGAGGCUCUGAACUUAGCCGAAAGUGCUUCUAAGUCCGGUCAACGCGAAGAAGUCAUACAUGUCUUGGACAAAGCGAACUUGGCGCUCAGAGAUGCGAGCUCUGUCCAAGAUGGAAUGCGCCAGCCUUUGGGCAGGUCUACGCAGGGCUCCAGCUAUUCCGACGACGAGUCCCUCUCUGACGACUCCGCCGGUGUUCGAGUGAAACCAUCAGCUGACACCCUCCCCACGACAUAUACCAAGAGUACCAAGUCCAGCAUGCUACCCAUGAGAUCUGUCAACAAUGGUAGAAAAUCCAAACAAUCGCACUCUGGUCACUCGUCAUCUGCGGAUGAGUCGAUUCCACACUCGUCUCCUCGUUUAAACCAGCCUCCCUCUGCCAAUUCUAUGGUCCGCGAUUUUGCGUAUCCCAAACUUGGCAAACGAAAGGCCUCAACGCAAUCAGCGCCCUUAGAGCAUCAAUUCGGCGAAGCAGCAAACUACUAUGGUGAUCAAGGCCAGUCAGUUGCCUCGCAACCAGGCGUGAGAAAGAGUGUGGCGGCUAUAAAUAAACCACUGCCGCCUCUACCUUCGCAAUUCAAUGAUGAGUCGGUUUCUGAUGGUCUCAAACGACGACACAAUCGGCGUGUUGGGCGCAAGCGACAUCGUAGAGCCAGUCAGACUUCAUCUGAGAGCUUGCAGCCCAGGACAUCAGGCCGUGACAAACGUCAUGCACGUCACCAGCCAAAGCAGACACGAUCUGAUGGUCUUCGCGAAGUCGACCCUGCGCCUAUCAAUGCAGUUCCUGAACGCACGACAACAUUUCCUACGGCGCUCCCGGAUGCAGGACAUGACUCGUAUCAUAAACACUUUUUCCAUAGCAGUCAUCAUCACUUGCACAGUCCAGCGCCCCCAAGCAAGUUCAACGACAAGGUUUUCUACACGACAAAGACUGUUAGCGAGGCCGCUCCAGGCGACGAAUUGGAUAACAGGUAUGAUGAGCAUGCGCCCACUCUCAUAUCAGAACAUCCCGUUUCUAAAUUGCAGAGGUAUAGUGGUUCGCCCAUUGCUGUCUCCACCGAGAAUCAAAGCUUAAAGAAUCCGCGUAGGAAUCACAUCAGCCUGAACGAAGACCAAGGCUUCAGUCUCGGUCGAUCACACCGCCGUCAACCCAUCGCACGAGAGUAG